AUGUCACAUACCAUUGUGCGGAAGUACGUUGCAACAACGCCAGGCCUUGACGAAGCACGAGCACGACCAUCGACUAUCCGCGACAAGCGAUUCGAAAAUCAAACGCUGCGAAACAGGGACGAGCUGAUGUACAUUGACGUGUGUCAAGCUAUGAAUACUGGUGACAUAGGGAGAGUGGAAGCGUCGUUCUUACCGUGGAUCUACAUAUUCAAAGCCACAGGAAAGCACAAGUAUGCUUCCCAGAUGACGAGGUUUCUCGUAAACCUUCAGUUUAACUGGCCUGAAAAACUGAGUGAUAUCAUUCGAAUGAACUUACUUUGCAACCCCUCCGGGCAUGCGCUAGCGUUUUGCGCUGUAGAUUGGGUUGUCGAGAGGAACAAUCUGUACACCAAGGUCUACCGUAACUGUCACGUCGUCAUCAAAAACGGAUUCCACCUUCAGCAUCAAACAAUUCGUCAUGCACAACCUGAAAUGAUGAAUACAAUCCGUAAGUUGUCAACGAAAAUAAAGGAGAACUACGCACAUAUAAAGAAGGAGGGUCGGAAGGCCCUGUGGUCGAUUCCCGAUCAGAUCAACGAAGGGAUGGUGCUGAUGCAAGAGCAGAAGAUAGUUAGCAAGGAAGAGACGGGCGUUUUCGAUGUCGACGGAGAUGACUUUAUUGACUAA